AUGGGUAUACUCAAAGGAACGCAAGCGGUAGCAACCGAAUGGGUCACGGACCCAUUCAAGAGGCUCAAGUGGGGGUUCAUACCAACCAGAAGAAUAGUGGACGAUGAUGCAGUUUCAGAGAACAAAUCUGAAUCGGAGGUGGAUUCGGACGCGGAAGAACAGAAGUAUCGCGCCGAAAAGAGCCAGGAUGUAUCUGUGGAGCAGGGCCUUUCAGAAACGGCGUCUUUGUCGCACUUGGAGUACCGAGACGAAGCUGAUCGUCAUUGGUGGUCAUUCUUCAACGAACAAGAAUAUAGAGUGAAAAAAGCCAGCAAGGCCAAAUGGUACCAAUGGUUUGGCAAUGUGUCGUCUCAGGAAAAAAAACUGCUUUUGAAGCUGGACAUCUUACUGGCUUUUUACUCGUGUUUGGCCUAUUGGGUCAAGUUUCUGGAUUCUACUAACCUGAACAACGCCUACGUCUCGGGUAUGCGUGAGGAACUUAACUUCCAAGGUAACCAGCUGGUAGAAACCCAGGUGAUGUUCACAGUUGGCAACAUUAUUUUCCAAAUUCCAUUUCUAUUCUUCCUUAACAAGGUUCCUUUGAACUUUGUUCUUCCUGCACUGGACAUUUGUUGGUCCAUCUUGACCAUUGGUGCGGCUAAGGUUGAUAGUGUUCCACACUUGAAGGCAAUCCGCUUCUUCAUCGGUGCUUUUGAGGCCCCUGCAUACCUGGCCUACCAGUAUUUGUUUGGAUCGUUUUAUAAACAUGACGAGAUGGUCCGCCGUUCUGCUUUCUACUACUUGGGCCAGUAUGCUGGAAUCUUGUCGGCUGGUGGUAUUCAAUCGGCUGUUUACUCUGCAUUCAACGGGAAGCGCGGCCUGUCUGGAUGGAGGUGGAACUUCAUCAUCGAUGGACUAAUUUCGUUCGUGGUUGGUGUUAUCGGUGUUUACGCUUUGCCAGGCGACCCUUACAACUGCUACUCUAUUUUCCUAACGGACGACGAGAUCAGGCUAGCUCGUAAGAGAUUGAGAGAGAACAACACUGAGAAAUCAGACUUCUCUUCCAAGGUUUUCGACAAAAAAGUGUGGAUUCGCAUUUUCUCAGAUUGGAAGAUCUAUGUGUUGACUCUCUGGAAUAUUUUCUGCUGGAACAACAACAAUGGUAGCUCGGGUGCUUAUCUAUUGUGGCUGAAAUCGUUGCAGAAAUAUUCCAUUCCAGAAGUCAACAAGUUGGCUAUGAUCACCCCGGCAUUGGGUAUGAUAUACUUGUUCGGUACAAGUUUGUUUGCAGAUAAGCUUCAUAGCAGGUGGGGAGCAAUUGUCGUGACGCAAGUGUUCAAUUUCAUUGGUAAUGUUAUUCUGGCUGCGUGGAAUGUCCCUCAGAGUGCUAAAUGGUUUGCGUUUAUGCUACAAUACUUUGGGUGGGCAAUGGCUCCAGUAUUAUAUUCUUGGCAAAACGACAUCUGUCGUCGCGAUGCUCAAGCUAGAUCUGUUAUUUUAGUGGUGAUGAACAUGCUUGCCCAAACCACCACAGCAUUCAUGUCCGUCUUGGUGUUUAAGACCGUUGAAGCACCCAGAUUCUUGAAGGGUUACACCUGGACUGCAGUCUCUGCAUUUUGUCUGUCGCUAUGGACUAUUCUAGUACUAUGGCUUUACAAGCGUGAGGAAAGACAAAACGCGCGGGCAAAUGGCAUUGUUGUGUACAACUCAAAGAAGGGCGAAACAGCUGAAGACAAACAGGCUGCCUAA